UUUUUUUUUUUUUUUUUUUUUUUUACCAAGGUAGAUAGUUUAUUUCAAAAUGAAUGUGGACUGAUUUUGUGAAAUCAGCUGGCGUGUUUACCGCUCCUCCUCCUCCUCCUCCGCUGCUAAGGCUGCUACGGAUGGACUGUUUUCUGAUUUCCAGGUCUACCUGCUAUUACUUCAGGAGGAACUCGAUAUGAGCAGAGUGCCUCGGGGGUCGGGUGACGAACCAACGGGGUCUCCACCGCCUCCCCUGCCCGUGCUCAUAUAUUGCUCAUAUAUUGCUCAUAUACAGAGGCAGACACGCGCGGAUGAAGUGAUGUUUUCCGGGGCACGAGCGGACAGCACCAGGAACGUCAUGGAGAUCAGAGAGGAGGCGGCUCUUCGCAAGCAACGCAGGAUAAAACAGGGAGUCCAGUUUUUACACAAGGAUUCAGCGGAACUCCUGCCCUUGAAUGGCCUUAAAAAACUUGGAACUUCAAAAGAAGGACAACCCCACAACAUUCUCCAGAGGCGACUGCUGGAGGCUAAUUUAUCACGAAACCGCCUGAACAGCCUCACCGUGAAACCACCUUACAAGAGCAUCGUUCAGAACUGUGCCGUUAACAGCAAGGCACAAGACACAGACGACGACCUCUGCCAAGUCGUGUGUCAGUGCUUCGGGCAGGAAGUGGCAGUGACAUUAGACACUUGCUGUGCCAAGAACCUCAUCUCAUCACUCAGUGUGGAAAAACUUGGCGCAAAGGAAAAGAUUAUCGCCGGCAAACCUGAAGAUGAAGUGGGGCCUCUCCUGCACAGCCUCCCAGCCGUCGGACACAUCGAGCUGAAUUUGGUCAUUGGACAAUUAAAGGCAGAUCUUUCAUUUAGUGUUGUCGAAAUCGACAGGGCGUUCAUAUCCCUUGGCACCAGGACACUCACAUCUCUGAAGUGUGUUAUUGACAUUGAAAAGCAAAUGCUGAUUAUAGGAAAAUCGGAAAGGGAACAAAUUCAUUUUGCUGGGAGGCGUGAAAAUGAAGUCUCCAUGGAAUAGGAGGAAUCUACAGAUACAGUUUUCCCAUGUGGUGAAAAGACCGUCUUUUGGUGCAGAGCAGAAAGCUUGUGUAUUUUUGUGUAUUCUUCCUAACCCACCACCAAAAUCUGCAUAAUUUAUUCUGCAUUUAUACGCAAAUGGGGGUCAAUGAGCAGUUUACUGCUACAUUAUAAAUAAAGGCCAAAUGUUCCUUUAACAACCGCACACUUACACUAAACAGCAUGUGACAUGUUCACAAAUGCUUUAUUUACCAGAGAUUAAACAACUGUAGAUUUUUAUUUAUGUACUUAUUAUAAUGGUAAAAUUGUGAUAUUCUUAGAAAACCACAGAAGAAUGUUACAAAUGGUAUAUAUAGGAGUUUAUAUGUAUAUUAAUAUCAACUAGCCAUGCACUGAUAUCUUUUUUUAGUAGCUAUUUGAAGUUUAACAGUAACUAUAGUGCUGAUAAUGUCUAAAACUACCUCCCAAUAUCCUGAAGUUGAACAGACUAUGGCUGUCAAUUCUGUGGUUACAAUGCAUACAAGGGAUUAUACUUUAGAAAGCAGAAACAUAUUCUGGUUGUAACUCUAGUUGUAGCCCGAUGUGAAGUAAGCGUCAUUCAUUUCACGUUUCACUUUGAAGCAUAUAAAGGCAUCUGUAAAAACAUUAUGUUGAAUAAGUCAAGUAUUGAUGCACCGCUGGUAAAAGCAGUUGUUUGUAAUACUCGAUAAGAGGUUAUUGUUCAAUAACAGCAUAAUCACUGAAGCAUUGUUUUGAAAGCCAAUAUAAGUUGUGUUAUUAGUAAGGGUUUUUAAAAGCUCUGCAUAAUUGUUCUGCUUUUUCUGUUUCCAUACACCUGAUUCACCUAAUUUCAUAAUAGCCAUGGAUCUCAAAAUGUUUACAGAGGUGUUCUAUAUGUGUAAUACUAGAAUACUUCACUAGAAAUCUGUACUGAUAUUCUUUUGGUUGACUAAUUUUGUCAAGCAUGCUUUAAUUAAAAACUCAUUAGAAGGUACUAAGAGUCCAAUGAAUUAACUGGACUUGGGUCAGUGGAAAAGGCUUCAACUAAUGCAACUGUUGGGACUGUUUGAAUGAAAGGUUUGAAUAAAAUUUGGACAUUUUCUACUGUU